GGCCAAAAUUUGUGAAUCUGAAUUGGUAAGAAUCAUAACAAGUUUCCCUUAAAUAUGAAUUCAAAGGCGUUAUGGAUCGUUACCCUUCUUCUCUGUGGCACAAUUCAAUUAGCGAUUUGCAGAUCAGAAGAGAAAAGAACAGCAGAAACGAUGAAGCUAGGUGGUGUUCAUGAUUUCCGAGGAAAUCAGAACAGUGGAGAGAUCGAGAGUCUUGCUCGAUUUGCCAUUCAAGAGCAUAAUAAACAACAGAACAAGAUUCUUGAGUUCAAGAAGAUUGUAAAAGCAAGAGAGCAGGUAGUUGCAGGAACGAUGUACCACUUAACCCUAGAAGCAAAAGAAGGUGAUCAGAUGAAGAAUUUCGAAGCCAAAGUGUGGGUGAAGCCAUGGAUGAACUUCAAACAGUUGCAAGAGUUUAAGGAAACCUCUUCUUGAAAUUCACUUGUUCAAAGGUAAAAAAAAAAACAAACGACUGAUGCAUAUUAUGAUUACAAAUGCUAUGAAAAUAAUUAUAGUCUGAGAUAACUUGAUUACAAAUGUGUGUGUGUGUCUGAUAUGCUAUAGGCAAAACCUGAAGUUAAUGUAAUCAAGAAACUUGUUCGUAUGUCCUACAAAUUUCUUUCCUGGUUCUU